AUGACCUCGGGCGUCAUGGCAAUGAGGCUGCUGCUGUCCGGGCCUCUUCUCUUUGCCCUGGCCUCCAGCUACAACCUGGAUGUGCGGCAUGUGCAAAACUUGUCCUUCCCACAGGCCGGGAGGCAUUUUGGGUACCGCGUCCUGCAGGUUGGAAACGAGGUUGUCGUGGGAGCGCCAGGCGAGGGGAGCAGUGCAGGGAGCCUCUAUCAGUGCCGGCCCGACGCUGGGCGCUGCCUGCCAGUGAGCCUGAGUGGUUCCAACUACACCUCUAAGUACUUGGGAAUGACCUUGGCGACAGACCCCACAAAUGGAAAGUUUUUGACCUGCGACCCUGGGCUGUCUCAGACAUGCGACCAGAAUAUCUAUCUAAGUGGCCGGUGCUACCUCUUCCAGCAGAACCUGCAGGGGCCUGUGCUGAAAGGGCGCCCCGGUUAUCAGGAAUGUCUCAAGGGCAACGUAGACCUGGUGUUUCUAUUUGAUGGCUCGGGGAGCUUGCGGCAAGAUGAAUUCCAGAACAUUCUGAAAUUCAUGAAGGAUGUGAUGAAGAAACUCAGCAACACUUCCUACCAGUUUGCCGCUGUUCAGUUUUCUUCGAACUACAAAACAGAAUUUAAUUUCGUGGACUACGUUAAGCUGAAGAACCCUGAUGUUCUGCUGGCCAAAGUAAAGCACAUGGGCCUUCUGACCAACACCUUUGGUGCCAUAAACUAUGUCGCGAACCAGGUGUUCCGGCAGGAACUUGGGGCGCGGCCAGAUGCCACCAAAGUGCUAAUCAUCAUCACGGACGGGGAAGCCACCGACGCUGGCAACAUCGCCGCGGCUGAAGACAUCAUCCGCUACAUCAUUGGGAUCGGAAGGCAUUUUCAGACGAAGACAAGCCAGCAGACGCUCCACAAAUUUGCCUCAAAACCCGCAAAAGAGUUUGUAAAGAUUCUGGACACAUUUGAGAAGCUUAAGGAUCUGUUCACUGAGCUGCAAAAGAAGAUCUAUGACAUCGAGGGCACAAGCAAACAGGACCUGACAUCCUUCGACAUGGAGCUGUCCUCCAGUGGAAUCAGCGCUGACCUCAGCGGGGACCAUGGUGUCGUGGGGGCAGUUGGAGCCAAGGACUGGGCUGGUGGCUUUCUAGACCUGACAGCAGACCUGCAGGAUGAUACAUUUGUUGGGAAUAAGCCACUGACACCAGAAGCGAGAGCAGGAUAUCUGGGCUACACAGUGACCUGGCUGCCCUCCCGAGGUCUUACAUCGCUGCUGGCAGCUGGAGCCCCCCGAUACCAGCAUGUGGGGCAGGUGCUGUUGUUCCAAGAGUCAAGGGACAAAAGACAAUGGAGCCAGAUCCAGAAAAUAGAGGGGAUCCAGAUUGGCUCUUAUUUCGGUGGUGAGCUGUGUGGCAUUGACAUGAACCAAGAUGGGGAGACAGAGCUGUUGCUGAUUGGUGCCCCAAUGUUCUAUGGAGAGCAGAGAGGAGGCCGGGUGUUUAUCUACCAGAAAAAACAGCUGGGGUUCGAAGCGGUCUCAGAACUGCAGGGGGAUCCAGGCUACCCCCUUGGGCGAUUUGGAGCCGCCAUCACUGCCCUGGCAGACCUCAACGGCGAUAGGCUGAUGGAUGUGGCUGUGGGAGCCCCUCUGGAGGAGCGGGGUGCUGUGUACAUCUUCAAUGGGCAGCCUGGUGGGCUGAGCCCCCAGCCAAGUCAGCGGAUAGAAGGGACCCAGAUGUUCCCAGGAAUCCGAUGGUUUGGACGCUCCAUCCACGGGGUGAAGGACCUUGGAGGGGACGGCCUAACAGAUGUGGCUGUGGGGGCUGAGGGUCAGGUGAUCGUGCUGAGCUCGCGGCCCGUGGUGGACGUCCUCACCCUGAUAACCUUCCACCCGGCCGAGAUCCCGGUACAUGAAGUCGAGUGCUCCCAUUCAGCCAGCGACAAGAGGAAGGAAGGCGUCAACGUCACCGUGUGUUUCCAGGUCAAGUCUCUCACCCCCCAGUUCCAAGGAUCCCUGGUUACCAACCUCAGUUACACUCUGCAGCUGGAUGGCCAUCGGCCGCGAAGCCGGGGACUGUUCCCAGGAGGGAGGCGGGAGCUGAGCGGGACGGCGGCUGUUACCUUAGUCAAGUCCUGCGCUCCCUUCUGGUUCCACUUCCCGGUGUGCAUUCAGGACCUCAUCUCUCCUAUCAAUGUCUCCCUGAACUACUCUCUCUGGGAGGAAGAAGGGACACCGAGAGACAGGGCGCAGGGCAAGGACAUGCUGCCCAUCCUGAGACCCUUGCCACACUCAGAGACCAAGGAGAUCCCUUUUGAGAAGAACUGUGGUGAGGACAAGAAAUGUGAGGCAAACCUGGGGCUGUCCUUCUCCCCUGCAAGGUCCAGAGUCCUGCGUCUGACCUCUUCUGCCAGCCUCUCCGUGGAGCUGACCCUGAAUAACUCAGGAGAAGACGCUUACUGGGUCCAGCUCAGCCUGAGUUUCCCCUGGGGACUCUCCUUCCGCAAAGCGGAGAUGCUCAAGCCCCACAGCCAGAUACCUGUGAGCUGCGAGGAGCUUCCUAAGGAGCCCGGGCUUCUGACCAGGAGCCUCUCCUGCAACGUGAGCUCUCCCAUCUUUAAAGCAGGCAGCUCGAACGUGAUCCAGGUGAUGUUCCACACGCUGCCCAACAGCUCCUGGGAGGACUUUGUCAAGCUGAGCGCCAAUGUGAGCUGUGACAAUGAGGACUCGGGCCUCCUGAGGGACAACUCAGCCACCACCAGCAUUCCAGUCAUGCAUCCCAUCAACAUCCUCACCGAAGCCAAGGAAAGCUCCACACUCUACAUAAGUUUCACCCCCAAGGGAGCCAAGAUCCACCACGUCAAGCACAUCUACCAGGUGAAGAUUCAGCCGUCUGUCUAUGACCACAAUGUGCCCGCCCUGGAGGCCUUGGUUGGGGUGCCGCAGCCUCACAGUGAGGGGCUCAUCACUCACAAGUGGAAUGUGCAGAUGGAGUGUCCUGUCACCUCUCGCGAUGAGAAUCUGCAAAGGCCACCCAAUAUGGGGGAGCAGGCUUGUUUGCCUGGAGCCCAGUUCUGCUGCCCAGUGGGCUUCCAGGAGGAGGUCCUCAUCCAAGUGCUCGGGACCGUGGAGCUGGUGGGGGAGAUCAAGGCCUCCUCCAUCAUCAGCCUCUGCAGCUCCGUUUCCAUCUCCUUCAACAGCACCAGGCACUUCCACCUCUACGGCAUCAAUGCCUCCCUGGCCCAGGUCAUCAUGAAGGUUGACAUUAUAUAUGAGAAGAAUAUGCUCUACCUCUACGUGCUGAGUGGCAUCGGGGGGCUGUUGUUGCUGCUGCUGAUUUUCCUGGCGCUCUACAAGGUUGGCUUCUUCAAGCGGAACCUGAAGGAGAAGAUGGAGGCUACGGCCGGUGCGGCCGACGGGAACCCCGGAGAAGGCUCCGAGCAGCUGGCGCCCGAGGAGGAGGCCGUGGAUCCGAGCAGCGUGGAUCUCCUCGCGCAGGACGCGCAGGACGCGCAGGACGGAGGCGGCGCAGACUGA